GCUUUGCCGCAAUUGCCACGCGUUCUAACAGGGCCUCACCACCCUCUCUUUCUAUAAACGUCUUUCCCUCUCUCUUGAUUCCCCUCUGGAUCAUGCUCUUCCUCCUGCUUCUGCUUCUGCCAAUUUCAAGCGGUCGUGGUUGUGGGAGGAGGGAUUAAUAAGGGCAUUGGGAUUUCCCCAUUUGCUCCUUCUUCAAUUCCCUCUAAGAUACACAUCCAUGCCUCCCAGCAAGUUCAAUUCCGCUGGAGAAGGAAACUUUUCUGGCCCAAUGGCGGAUAAUGGUUUAUUUAAUGCAAAUUCUCUGUUAAAUUCUGAGAAGGCUGUCCAGGAGCUUCUUGAACGGUCUCCAUUAAUGGAGACUGAUGAUCACCUUAUUGAGUUUUCAGAGGCCUUGAGAACUGUUGCAAAAGCAUUAAGAAAGGCAGCUGAGGGAAAGGCUGCUUCGCAGGCUGAGGCUGCUGAAUGGAAGCGUAAAUUUGAACUGGAGAGGACUAGAAAUCUUCAACUCGAGCAUAAAGGGCAGUCACCAGUAGAAUGCAAUGGUCAUAAUAAUAAGAGGUCAAGGAUCCUAAGCCCACAAGCCACGGAGCAAUCAGAAUGGUGUUGUGGAUCAAAUGGAAUAUGUUCUCAUGAAAUUCUCCAAGAUCGGGACAUCAAUUCUAUUUCUCAGAUGGCGUCUAAAAAAUAUACGAGAAAGGCACCAUUUAAACUUUCAUGGUGCUGCAAUGGUGAGCAUAGUGAUCGGCACAAGCACGAUGUUGUCUCCUUUGAGAAAGGAAACAUAACAACUGCAGAGCGUAGCAGUAGACAGAUUUCUUUGAAGUGGGAAUCUCAACCUCAGACCGUGCUUAUAUUGACCAAACCAAACUCAAUAUCGGUUCGAAUUCUUUGUUUUGAGAUGGUCAGAUGGUUGAGAGAGCAUAAAGGUCUUCACAUUUAUGUUGAACCACGUGUCAAAAGUGAGCUUCUGACAGAGUCAGACUACUACAAUUUUGUACAUACAUGGAAAGACGACAAGGAGAUUAUGCUCCUCCACACGAAAGUUGAUCUCGUGGUUACCCUUGGUGGAGAUGGAACUGUACUUUGGGCAGCAUCAAUGUUUAAAGGACCAGUUCCUCCACUUGUUCCGUUUUCUUUAGGGUCUCUCGGUUUCAUGACUCCUUUUCACAGUGAGCAUUACAAAGAAUGCUUGGAUUCAGUUCUAAAGGGUCCAAUUAGUAUCACAUUGCGACACCGACUACAGUGCCAUGUUAUUAGAGAUGCAGCAAGAAACGAAUACGAAACUGAAGAACCUAUACUCGUGCUGAAUGAGGUUACAAUUGAUCGCGGAAUAUCAUCGUACCUUACGAAUUUGGAAUGUUAUUGUGACAGUUCCUUUGUAACUUGUGUCCAAGGGGAUGGGCUGAUUCUAUCAACAACUUCUGGCAGCACAGCAUACUCAUUGGCUGCUGGGGGAUCAAUGGUUCAUCCUCAGGUUCCCGGAAUUCUAUUUACUCCGAUAUGCCCACACUCCUUGUCGUUUCGACCCUUGAUAUUUCCAGAAUACGUAACAAUACGUAUACAAGUACCUUUCAAUAGCAGGGGGCAUGCAUGGGCAUCCUUCGAUGGGAAGGACAGGAAACAAUUGGCAGCAGGAGAUGCACUUGUAUGCAGCAUGGCACCUUGGCCAGUGCCUACAGCGUGCCAGGCAGACUCGACAAACGACUUCUUGCGCAGCAUUCACGAUGGCCUUCACUGGAAUCUAAGAAAAACACAGUCUUUCGAUGGACCUCGAGAUACAUGACUGAAGUUUUAGAGCUUCUUAUGGUUAGUAUUUAUAUUCUAUAACAUAUUUUAGUUGUGGCUCAGGACUAAAAAGAUGUGUAGCAGAGGGGGAAAAUGGUAGAGAAUCACUAAAUAAGAGUAAUUUUCUGUCAUAUUAUUUAUGUAUGGUUUAAGGUGAAGGCUCAAGCUGAUGAGAGCCCAUAUCUUAAGUUGUAACAAAUUUUUGAUAAGUAAGCAAUAGAUCGUUGCAAUCUUACUGUUCUCA